ACGCAUAGAACGGUUCACAUACCACUGAGAACCUGCUUCAUUGCGUUGUUUCAACCAGGGAGUUCAUUGGUUGCAUAGGCAGGGUCUGACACAACAAGACAGGGAAGUAGAGAGCCAUCCAAAUAACAAGCAUCAGAAGAAUAUAGCGACCGAAGAGAGGCUGCAAAGUGAAGAGGGGCGAUAAAGAUAAAAGCUUGAUAUAGCUAGAGUUAGCUUAGCGCCCAUGCUGACGUUACUAGCUAGCUACUGUACGUCGCAACGGCCCCAACGACCCCGCAGAGAACAAGCAAAACAACAUCCAAAGGCGAUAGUCAGAAGGCAGGGUUUACAACUGUAUUUCAAUGCUAUUUUUAAGUAAAAGGAGGUUCGAGCAUGAUGUCCUGCUCUGGUAACCUGGUUUGGGAUGUUAACAAGCGCUCAAUUGGAUAUAAUGAACCGAAUGCUGUCAGGAUCAACUACUUAGGCAGAAGAGAAUUUGUCCAGCGGUUGAAACUCGAAGCGACACUCAAUGUCCACGAUGGCUGUGUCAAUACCAUAUCCUGGAACGAUACAGGGGAGUACAUCCUGUCAGGGUCAGACGAUACCAACCUGGUCAUCACAAACCCAUACAACAGAAAGGUAAGGAGAGCUAGAGUCUGA